GAUAACUCCUCGUGCUCGUCGUGAUGGCCACCGGCGGCGGCGGCGCGAGUGAGAUGGCCGUCGGCGUCGGGGAGGAAAACCCGAGCGCGUCGACUAUCCCCAGCCGCAGAUUCUUCGUGGCGCUGCACGUGGGCGCCGGCUUCCACGCGCCGGCGAACGAGAAGGCGUACCGCCGGGCCAUGAAGCGCGCCUGCCUCGCCGCCGCGGCCGUCCUUCGCGAGGGCAGUGGCACAAGCCUUGAUGCAGUUGCAGCUGCCAUUCACGUUUUGGAGGACGAUCCCAUCACAAAUGCUGGUCGGGGUUCAAAUUUGACUGAGAGUGGUCAUGUGGAAUGUGAUGCAAGCAUCAUGGAUGGAAGUACUGGUUCUUUUGGAGCUGUUGGAGCUAUUCGAGGUGUAAAGAAUCCAAUCCAGGUCGCUUUGCACUUGGCAAAGGAACAGAUUGCAGGAUCUUCAUUGCUUGGUCGGAUACCCCCCAUGUUUUUGGUUGGUGAAGGAGCAUAUAAAUGGGCAAAAUCUAAAGGAAUGGACCUACUUGAAUGUACAUCGGAGGCUAAUAGUUGGUUGGUGACUGAGAAUGCAAAAGCGCAGUGGGUAAAAUACACAUCAUUGCUUGUUAAUUCCAAGAAAUUAUUAGAGCUUAACACUGGUUCUGGUUCAGAACAUGAUUCAGUACAGUUGGAAGCACCAGGCACUGAAUCUGAGAAUAUUGCUGAUGUAAAGAAGAUGUUCACACAGUCACUCAUGGAAGACAAUCAAGACUGUGUAAUGGAUACAGUUGGUGUUAUUUGUGUAGAUAGCUAUGGAAUUGUAGCAUCAGGCGCAUCUAGUGGUGGUAUUGCCCUGAAGGUAGAUGGCCGGGUUGGGCUGGCAGCUAUGUAUGGCUCUGGGUGCUGGGCUUCUUCCAAAGGACCCUUCGGUACACCAUUCAUAGUUGCCUGUUGUGCCACUGGAGCUGGAGAACAUUUGAUUAGAGGAUUUGCUGCCCGUGAAUGUUGCAUCUCAUCAUCAUUGUCACAAUCUGGUCCUGCUUCUGCUUGUACUAAAGUUCUCCGUUCUGUGGUUCAAAGCAGCAGUAAGAUGUCUCAUGAUACAGGCGCUGGGUUGUUGCUAGUUCAGGCUGAUGUUCAAAAGCGAGGGGAUUUGUCUGAACUGGAAGCCGCUGAGCUGGUUGCUGCCUACUCGUCCCCAUCAUUUGGUGUUGGUUAUUUCGGAAGCAAUAUGAAUAAUCCAAAGAUUUCGAUGCUUAGAGCAUCAGAAGGCGCAUCUGGUAUUGUCAACCACUUUGCCACUAGGAUCAAGAUUGAUGCAGAAUCAUCUGAAUAUUGACAACGGGCCUGGUAUCGUCUUUCCUGUGAAACAGCUGCAAAAGCACUUGUUUUUGGCAUUCAUUAUGAAUUAUUUGAACAUUUUGUGACAGCUUGUGAUCCAAACAACCUUAGAUUGUGGUCUGGCUUUUAUGCGAAUGGCUUAGUUGUCU